CGACUUAAGUAGGUCAAAGGUAAACUGUCAUGUCUGUCUGCUGUGUUGCAUGCUGAAAGUUCCUCACCAAUUACGGCAAUAAAAGUGUGUGUAUCGUUUAUUCUGAAUGCUGGUGACAUGUUCCUGAAAGAGAGCAGACAGUCUCUUUGAUACACGGUCAUUUCAUGAGCGGAGAGUCGCUGUUCGACAGAAAUCCCGUACUGGACUGCUGCGGAGGCUUGAAUAACGUGGAUUACAGUCAGAUGGACAUGUCUGUGUUGACAGAGCUGUCAAGGUUAAUAGACCUGACAGAGCCCAGGUUCUGCGUGGCUGUUAUUGCUAUCAUCUUCAAUCCUUUCUUCUGGAAUGUGGUUGCCAGAUGGGAGCACAGGACACGAGGCCUGACCCGGCUGUUUGGCGGUCCGUACGUGGCCUGUUAUUCCCUCGCUGUUCUCAUCCUGCUCCUCAAUGUUUACCGUAGCCACAGUAUUACAGUUGCCAUGAAGGGACAGCCUCGCUGGGAGCCGCUGGAUAAUGUACAAGUGUACUAUGCAGGAGCAGCUCUCAUGACACUGGGCUCUCUGUUUGUGAUCAGCAGCUUCAUGGCUCUGGGCGUUACUGGCACUUUCCUGGGUGACUAUUUUGGCAUCCUCAUGGACCAGAAGGUGACCAGUUUCCCUUUUAAUGUGAUGGAAAACCCCAUGUACUGGGGCAGCACUGCAAACUACCUGGGCUUGGCCUUAAUGAAUGCCAGUCCUAUAGGGGUGGUCCUGACCGCAGUGGUGGGCGUGUCCUACACAAUAGCUAUUGCAUAUGAAGGACCAUUCACUGAGGAGAUCUAUCGGCAGAGGAGCCAGCGCUGCAAGCACAAAUAAAGACGGAGCGCGCUUGUGUAAAGAUGACACCCAGAUUCCCGAUCCGCAGGAGCGCUGCUGACACUGCAAGCUCUUGGAUAGAGAUGGGUGGAUACAUAGCACAUAGAUCUUUAACACUACCGCAAUGUUUAAACUUUUCUUUUAAAUGCAAACUGUGAAUGCAAUGACAAUCUUCAGUUGUAAUCUGUAGUUUGCUCUUCAUUGACAUCACGUAUCAUAACCAUAAAUGGUUGUUUUUAUUUCCUCAAUCCAUUCCUAAUGCACGUCCAGGCUGAAAGCAGCUGUUUUAGGGUCCAUUUGAUUCAUGUUCAGAGAUUGAAUGUACUUUGAUCUGUUUUAUGUGAGGAUGCAGGUUUUUCUUUCCAAAGGUGAAAUAAAUGGAUGCUUCCUGUUUUGUCUUUCA